UCUACUUCAUGUUGGAUUAACUUGUGCAGGGCUAUGGAAUGACUGAAGCAGCACCAGCAGCAAUGAGCUUUGCAUUUGCAAAGGAACCUUUCAAGGUUAAAUCUGGUGCUUGUGGGACCGUUCUCAGAAAUUCUGAGAUGAAGAUCAUUGAUCUUGAUACCGGCAAGCCGCUGCCCCGAAAUCAAGCCGGAGAGAUUUGCAUUAGGGGUAACCAGAUCAUGAAAGGCUAUCUAAAUGACCCAGAGGCAACGGAGAGGAUAAUAGACAAGGAUGGAUGGUUGCAUACGGGUGACGUUGGAUACAUUGAUGAUGAUGAUGAGCUAUUCAUCGUUGAUCGUUUAAAAGAGUUGAUCAAGUACAAAGGAUUCCAAGUGGCCCCCGCCGAACUAGAAGCACUGCUCAUUGCCCAUCCUCACAUCUAUGAUGCUGCCGUUGUACCCAUGAAAGAUGAUGUUGCAGGAGAGGUUCCAGCAGCAUUUGUUGUGAGAUCAAAGGGUUCCAAUAUCACCGAGGGUGAAAUCAAACAAUAUAUUUCGAAACAGGUUAUAUUUUACAAGAGAAUCAAAAAGGUUAUUUUGGUGGAUGCAAUUCCGAAACUAACAUCAGGUAAAAUUUUAAGAAAAGUCCUUAGAGAAAGGCUUUAAUUUGUGUCAAUUUGUUUUGCAUAAUUACUUUUGUACUUUAUAUCCACAGUAUAUGUGUGUACGACGCCGUAGACAAUUCAAAAUAUUAUUAGACCGUG